CCUGAUUCCAACGCCGUCAUUAAUAUUCACAUCGAAUCGUUUGAGUCCAAGCCUCAAGCCCACAUCGACGCCAUGGCCAAAUCAAAAAACCACACCAACCACAACCAGAACCGCAAGGCACACCGCAAUGGUAUCAGGAGGCCACAAACUAAUAAGUCUCGGUCGUUGAGGGGGGUUGACGCAAAGUUCCGCAAGAACUCGCUUUACGCUCUUAAUGGAUCGCGGAAAGCACGGGCUGAGCAAAAGGCUGCAUCAUGAUUCAGUUGCGAGCAAGCCUCUAGUUCGCUUUCAUCUUUGGUAUCCAGAGACAUGCCAGACACUUGGCAUGUCGUGUAUUACCUGCCAUGACUACUACACAUGGCUUAGGUUAUCGAAAUAUCAUAUCACAUACAUCGCAUUAUUGUGUGUUAUCUACUGUCUGUGAGCUUCGGCUGCCGUGUAUCGUCGACUCGCCUGGAGGCUUCUGCCAUUCCGAUCAAGAAUUGCUAACAACCUCGCAGCCUGUGAGAUGAAGGAGUAAUGCUACCUCCAGACAUCGAUGCACAACAUUGCUCAUUCAGGUCGCCCUUUCGAUGUUAUGCUUGUGGGAGUCAGAAUCGUUGAAGUGUUUGAUGCAGCGUACGUCCUUUCUUCUUCUUGAGCUAAUAUCACUGUGGGUAGUAGAUACACGGAAUGAUAAUCCUACCACCUGCAGUGAUAGAGAUUCAGAUGAUCGAUGAGGCCUGAGGACG